AUGAAAGAAACUUAUGAAAAUCAAAUUUCUUUUCCAAAAAUUAAUUCUGCUGGAAUGGAGAUUAUAUUAGAAUAUAUUUAUACUGGAUCAGUUAAAAAAGAAUCUUUAACAAAGGAUAAUAUAAUUGAAGCUUUUUACGCUGCAGAUUAUUUUCAAUUAUCAGAUCUUCAGGAUUUUAUUACGAAAACAAUCAAGAGCACUAAUUUCGUAAAAGAUUAUUCUCCAGAAUUACUAACUAAAGUAUCAGAAAUAAUGCCAUUGACAGAAGAUAAUAUUAUUCUCAUUUUAUUAGUUGAAACAGUAGCAAAUCUGCCAUUAAACAGUAUUGAGUUUGGUAGAUUGUCCAUUACAGGCCUUAAAUAUCUUUUAUCUAUUACAUAUGAAAAAGAAACACCAUUCGCUACCCAAGAGUAUGAAGUUUUUCGAUAUAGUGCAAUUCUAGCAGCAAAACAAGUCUCUGAUAAUGUAUAUAGAAAUCUUAUGGAACGGUUACCAACUUUAGAUCAAAUUGAAAAUUUAAUUGAAGUAGAAAAUAAACUUCUUAUUGAUCAUCAAAAAGUUACUAAGGAACUAGAACCUUUGGUUAAAUAUAUUGAUUUCAAAAGGAUUAAGACUCACAUAUUAGCCAAUUUCAUUGAACCAUUAGGAAUUAUUCCAACUGAAAUAAUUUGUAGUGCUUAUCGAAAUACAGCAUUAUUAAGUAAUUAUAAUUUAAGUGAUUUUCGUGGAAAAGCUAUUAAUGAAUCCGGUUAUGUUUGGGACGAGACA